AUGCCGCCGUCAACACCUUCUUCCAACACCUCGGGGCCCCACCCUCAGUUAGAAGGCGAUACCUCCUUCCCACUACCAGAAUUCCAGCUUGUCCCCCGUGCACGCUUUCACUGGCGCGCCGUCCAGAAUGCAAUCACCAACGCCACCACCGCAACUCCCUUCCCCCUCUCCCUCCUAGACCCCCAUGUGGUCUCCAACGUCACAACGGGCCUGUGGACGCUCGCAAGCGAAGACAUCCCCCGCGCACUCUACGGGGUCCAAAAACGCAUCGAUCUCCUCGGAAACGACUACUACCUCGCCCACAUCUACCGCACCCUAUUCUGGUGGACCCGGCCAACUCAUACCACUGUCCUCGGCGACCUCAUCGGCAGCCAGUGGCUUGACGACGCAGAAUUCGACCGGCGCAGCCACCGCUUCUGGAACCGCGUUUUCAAAGGCGGUCUGCGCGUGGACGACGCCCUCACAACCACCGGUGCAGUCCACGGCCCCGGCCACGAGGCUGUAUACGAGAAGGCAUCCAGCCACCUCGAGCCCCUGGGCCCGGACGCGGACCCGGCAUGGGCGCGACGUAUUAUCAAUAUCGCUGGGAACCAUGACAUUGGGUAUGCGGGGGAUGUCAGCGAGGCGCGCAUCGCGCGCUUUGAGCGAGAGUUCGGGCGCGCGAACUGGGAUAUCCGAUUCCAGCAUCCGCCGAUGCAAUUUGGAGUGAACGGGACUGCGGCCGCGCUGCGUGAGACUGUUGCACCGACGCUGCACUUGAUUAAUAUUAAUACGCUGGUUUUUGACACGCCUGCGCUGUCGGAGGAGGUGCAGGCGCAGUCGUAUGAAUACCUUAAUGACUUGAUUAGCGAGCGGCUGUACGAUGUGGAGGAUAAGUCGACCUUUACGCUACUUCUGACACAUUUGCCGCUUCACAAGAAGGAGGGAAUUUGUACGGAUGCUCCGUAUUUCAGCUUCCAUGAUGAAGCGGACAAGGAGGGACCGGAGGGGGUUCCGCGCUGGAAAGCUGAUGGUCUUAAGGAGCAGAAUCACUUGAGUGAUUAUCUCAGUGCUUCGGGAAUCCUGCAGGGCAUCUUCGGGCUCAGUGGUGACGAGGAUGUCCCUGGUGGUGGCUUUGGUCGGAAAGGCCUUGUGUUGACGGGCCAUGAUCACACCGGCUGCGAUAUUAUUCACUUUGUGGAGCCAUCUGUCCAGGACAAUGAAAGCGUAGAUUUGGAUGGUGAAGCAAACGGCCCAGAGAAGACUUGGAAAUGGGCUGCUAGACGCUAUUAUGAGACCGAGCGUUUCGAAAAAACGCCAAAGGAGACCCCUUCCAUCCGUGAAGUGACCCUUCGCUCGAUGAUGGGCGAGUUUGGUGGUAACGCUGGACUUUUGUCUAUUUGGUUCGAUGCUCAGCAGGGUGAAUGGGACUAUGAGAUCAUGAUGUGCCCUGCUGGUGUACAGCAUAUAUGGUGGGGUGUUCAUAUCCUCAUCCUCAUCACCUUGGUGAUUGGCUCAGCGUGGACCAUUCUUGGAUUGGUGUCCGGAAAGCCGCAACCUGGCAAGGAUUUGGAGAAGCCCAAGAUCGGCACAUCGAGUGGACAUGGUCGUUCGGAGGCAAAGAAGAAGUCCUCGAAAGGACAGGAAUCGGUGCGAUCUCGCUCUAAGAAAUGA